CUCCACUCGAAUUGCAUACGUACCCAAGUGAUUGAGUCGUCAUUCGGGUCGAAUUCGUUGCACUUCGCAAUCUGCGCCAAGUUUCCGAGUGAAAAUGCGAUGGAUUCAGCAGAAUAUGGUCGCAUCGCCCCAUAUGUCGUGCACUCUGCAGACUUCGGAUCCGAGCCCAUUGGCGACGGGAUGGACGGAGGCGGCGAUCAGUUUAUCACAGACUUGGCCUUGUUCAGGGCGAGAAUGAAUAGCUGUGGCGUACCCGCAGGAAUUAGUGAAGACUGGGACCGACCGGAUUGGAUCAGCGGUGAAAAUGGCGUAGGGCUCACAGAUCUUGGGGCAGAGGCAAAAGCGAACAGCGAUUACUGCCACGCGCACGUCAUGCCCUUUUACCACGGCGACAUGCUGGUAAACGAGACUUGGAGUUAUAUCCAAGAACAGAUUGUGUGGGUCAACGAGACGGUGAAUCUGCCGACUAUGAUAACCGAAACUCAAUGGGCAUGGGCGCCUGAUUCGCAUUAUCCAGACAAGUCUGAUGUGGGUGUGAGCCAGUACACUGAGUAUUGGAAGUAUGAUGAUGAAUGUGAGUUUAUGAAGGAGUUCAAUAUGGGUUGGUUCUUGCAUGCAUGGUAUGGUGAAGGUACUUUUGAUAUUGUGUACGAUAAUGGGUCGUACGUGAUUCCCCAUUGGAGACCUCGCAAAUGCUAGGAGUGAAUUGGUGAGCAGUUCCCUUUUGGGACAGCUCUAGGCAGUAUGGCUGUGCACAAUGAUAGUUCAGGGAUUUAGCUGAAGCUGUUUAUUGCUGCAUGAAUUAGUUCAUAUGCUCA